AGAAGCGGCUCACGUGCGGACGGGGCCGAGGAGGGACGGAGGAGGGGCGCUGGAGUCAGGAAGUACGGGGAGAAAGCGAAAGGCAUCACCACCGUCGGUAGAGGCAGGGACUGGGAUCGGGACCGUGGCCGUGGCCGAAAUGCGGUUGUACGGGCUUCUGCUGAAAAACCCCAUCCCCAAGCAGAUUGAGUACUACUCGCGCUUCUCCCCUUCGCCUCUAUCGAUAAAACAGUUCCUGGACUUCGGUCGUAAUAAUGCAUGUGAAAAGACAUCAUUUAUGUUUUUGCGGAAAGAACUACCAGUUCGAUUGGCUAAUACAAUGAGGGAAGUGAACUUGCUGCCUGAUAACCUGCUGAGCAGACCUUCUGUGCAGCUUGUCCAGUCUUGGUACAUGCAAAGCUUUUUAGAGCUACUUGAAUUUCAGAGCAAAGGACCUGAAGAUCCAGAAGUGUCAGAUGAUUUUCUAGAAUCUCUGAUUAAAAUCCGAAAUCGACAUAAUGAUGUUGUACCAACCAUGGCUCAGGGGGUUAUUGAAUAUAAGGAGAAGUUUGGCUUUGACCCAUUUAUAAGUAGUAAUGUUCAAUACUUUCUGGAUCGUUUCUACACCAGCCGUAUCUCAUUUAGGAUGCUUAUCAACCAGCACACUCUUCUUUUUGGUGGUAACACAAAUCCGGCACAUCCUAAGCAUAUUGGAAGUAUUGAUCCAAACUGCAACGUUGCAGAUGUUGUUAGAGAUGCAUACGAGACUGCAAAGAUGCUUUGUGAACAAUAUUACACAGGGUCCCCAGAUGUGGAGGUUAAUGAAUUUAAUGCUAAAACACCUGCAAAGCCUAUCCAAGUGGUGUAUGUACCCUCGCAUCUCUUCCACAUGUUGUUCGAAUUGUUUAAAAACUCUAUGAGAGCUACUGUUGAACUUCAUGAAGGGAAAAUGGAAGGUUACCCCCCUAUAAAAACUCUGGUUACAUUGGGAAAGGAGGAUUUAUCUAUUAAGAUAUCUGAUAAAGGGGGUGGUGUUCCUCUGCGGAAGAUCGAGCGUUUAUUUAAUUAUAUGUAUUCUACGGCACCCAGUCCCAGCUUGGAGCCAUCACGGGCAGCUCCACUGGCGGGUUUUGGAUAUGGCUUGCCAAUCUCCCGGCUGUAUGCUAGGUACUUUCAAGGAGACCUCAAAUUGUAUUCCAUGGAAGGUCUGGGCACAGAUGCAGUCAUCUAUCUAAAGGCUUUGUCAAGUGAAUCUUUUGAACGACUUCCCGUUUUCAAUAAAUCAGCCUGGCGACAUUACCAAACCACUCCAGAAGCAGAUGAUUGGAGCAAUCCUAGCAGUGAACCUAGAGAUGCUUCUAAAUAUAAGGCCAACCGUAACUGGACUUGCAAUCCAGGAGACUGAAGUGAUGUUCAGAAGACGUGAGCUGAAAUCCUACCGUGGCAUAGAGAAUUUAAAUUCAAUAAUUAAAUACAUCUGGAAUGAAAAACGUCUAGUAUUCAGAGUAACAAUUAUGAAAUCAUUGGGUUAUUCUACGAAGAAAUCCAGUUCAGAAAGAUCACAAGAUAUUUAUUCCCAUGGCAAAUAAUAGAAGAAAGGGGAAAUAACGAUGAAGCAUGGAGCCUAUACUUAUUUAUUCAGCCUUUGCUAAUAUAGAACAUAAAACAGUACAGCACAGUAUAAGCCAUUUGGCCCACGAUGCUAUGCAGACCUUUUAAUCUACUGCCAAGGUCAAUCUAACCUUUCUCUCUUGCAUGACCCUCCAUUGUAAUUUGUACGAUAAAUGAUCGAUCCACAAGAAAAUUCUAGGUUAUUGGCUGGGUAUCAAUUGCAUCGCAACUUAGCUGGUCAGUAAAAUUAACAAAAGCUAUAGUAAAUGAAAACUGAAUGACAAGAAAUGCUACACUGGUUCUGAAUUUGGUCACCAAGUAAAGUCUCAGAUGGAAUAGUAUCAAUGCUGUAAAUACAUGUAAAAAGGUUGUGCUUUAUGAAGUCAGUGAAUUUUGGGGUUUCAAAGAAAUAUGGAUGGGAUAACAAAAUAUCCUUAAGCAUUGAUAUCCUUGAUAUCUUAAAGUGAAAACUGAAAUGAUUUUCCUUGGUUAGCAUUAAAGUUGGUUUGAGUAGUUAUUUCACAAUUUAUUGCUUAAAUAUCUUGGUGAAUGAUUGGCCCUUUCCCUGCCACCUUUGUUCUGUAUCAUGCCACUCAGGUUGAAGCUGUAAUAUGAUUUAAUUGUUUCACAGAAGUUAAUUGAUUUUUGACAAAACGGAUCUAGUCCAGUAAGACGAGGAUUUUAUGGUUUGUUUAGUGCAAAUUCUCAAAAUGUCAAAGAUCUUGGGGUUAAAUGUAUGAAUUGAAGCCAUUUUUUUAACGUUUCUGUUCCUGAUUGACAAGUUGUGAUAUAUAUCGCUGCAAGAUAUAUGAGCACCAGAUAUGAGCACUCUAGACACACAUUAAAAAUGUAGUUUUUAUACUUGCAUGAAGCCCGUCUUGGUUUGAAGCUCCACACAGAGAGCAGCGUAAUAGUAAUAUGGCUGUUAGUUACAACAUCCACAGCUUACCUGGAGGGAUCUGGUAAGAAGGAACUAGAGAGGUAAGGCAAUUCCAUCAAAAUAGUUUUUCUUCAAGUUAUUUCACAAGGCAUCUGUAAUAUGCAACUUCCAUUUAAGGUGGGAGUACUGUGAUGUAAAAAGUCCUUCCAAAUGAACAUUGUUAUUUUUUUUGUAGAUUCUUCAUUCCAUGAUCAUGCAUAUAUAUUUUUUUUGAAAUGAGACAGUGUGUCAUACUUCAAGACUUGGGUGGGUGUUGUUCAGAAGUAAGGAAAUGUAAAUGUUCUGACUGUUGUAUUCCUAUUUAUUAUGUAACUGUUUCUGACCUUGAAGAGAUAAUGUUGAAAGACUUUUUAAAUUUGUUUUACAAAAUAAGAGUUUGUGAAUAUGUCAUCACAAAGCAUUAAAAUUGAUUAAAAUUGCAACACGAGUACACAAUAUAAGUGGAGCACAUUAAAUUGAAAUGACAGGUGCUUUCCUUGGUGUAUCUGUAUUUCAAUCAACAGUUUUAUGAUCUAAAUUCAGGAAGGACUGCUGCUGUUAAACAGUACUACGUUUUGCUGAACAAUUAUUUUCUAUGCACUUUUAUUUAGUACAUUCAUAGAAAUUGCUUUCUUUGACUUGCACAGAUUUCCGAUUUGUGAAAAAUGUUUAUUCAAGUUCAGUCAUAUUUGCACAUGCAAAAGUUGGCUUAAUAGAUAAACUUGUAAAGUUGAGUUUGCCAGUUGAAUUUCAAACUCACCUCUGGUGUUAUCAAAACAUUGAUUUUUUUUGUUGAAAAUGAAGGACUCGAGACUCUAGUUCUGGGUAAGAUACUCCAUGAAAAAUUAUUAAAGGAACUACUCUGAUCUAAUAACUGAAAUCUGUGUGACAGUCGGAGUAAACCCAUUCCCAAAUAUUGCAAUUUGUGAUAAAUACAUAUUUAUACUUGAAUUUCAUUGAAAUAACAUUCAAAACUCAUUAUUCUUGAUUAGUUAGAGCUUGAAGGGCUACUGGGAGAAGGCAGGAGAUUGGGACUGAGAGGCAAAUUGGAUCGGCCAUGAUGAAAUGGCAGAGCAGACUUGAUGGGCCAAAUGGCCUCACUCUGCUCCUAAGUCUUACGGUCUUAUUGUAAUAAUUUGACACCGCUGUUGAGGUGUCUUAAGUAUCUCAAUACAACAUGUUUUCAUUAUAAAUGGAUGAUGCCUGAUCUCCAGCGAUCCUAUGGUAACCUGUGUUAAUGUGGGAAUGCGUGUGUUGCUAUGGUAACCUCAACUCUUUUACCUAAACUCCUUGUAUGCCUGAUCAGUGCAUUUUAUUUUUUCAGACAUCCUCUUGACUGUUUAAGUAUUAAUAAAUAUGUAGCUGAUAAUUGCUGCAUGUAAUUUUAUACUAAAUUAUUGUGUGAUCCAAUAAUAUUUAAACAGUAAAUUCCUGAAUUUAUUGUGCAAGGUUUUUCUUUCAUCAUUGUUCCUAAUCUGCUCUAUAAGACACAAAUUUAUUUAGUUUUGCUAAAUUAGUUUGUCAGAAUUUGAAAAGUAAGUAGUAGAGCAAUAAAAAAUAUAUUCUGCAGUCCCUGCAUAUCUAGGACAAUAAAGCAGUUGUUUAAAUUUUGAGGCAUCAGGAAUAAAAUUGGCAUUUAUUUUUAUAAUGGAAUUCUACAAUCUUGACACUUAUGACAAAGUAUUCUGUACUUUUGAAUCUGGGUAUAAUGACUAAUUGAACAUUUGUCUGUUUGACCCCAUGUUGUUUUGUAUAUUGAAGUGAAGAAGCUAAAGGUUUUUUUGUUGAAUUGGAAAAAAAAAUUGAUGUGAAGUCUUAAUGUGGGAUAUUAAAUAUCUUCCAUA